AUGUCGGUUCUCCCUGUUGCCGACCUGCCCGAGUUGCCUCCCGACGACUCAAUGCUGUACCGCAAGUUCGGCCGGGAGGUGGCCAACUACUUUUCCGGCAGCCCGCUCAACCGCGUGUCGUUCCUGCGUACCGACCACAAAUUCCUCCGUACCGCAUUCGCCCACCCCUCGGCCCGCUUCCUGCUCAUCGACAACCUCGCGCCGCUGGUCCACGACACCACGCCGCCGCGGCUCGCCUGGAGCACGCGCGCUGAGAUUGCGUCGGUCGUCGAUGCCGACCCUUUCGAGAAGACCGAGGAGGAGGCCAUCAAGGCAUACAACUCCGAAAAGGACCCGCUGCCGAUCGUGCUGUUCCUGGGCAUCGACGAGAAGAACAAGUUUGCCGAGCCCAGCGACCCGGCCGCCGCCCCCACGCCCGAGGCGCCCUUUUCCUUCAACAGCUUCUCCGGCAGCCCGUACUUUGCCGUCGACAUUACGCCGCGCGGCGGCACCGCCGACAAGGCGCGUGCCCUGAUCGAGGCCUGCAAGGCCAAAGGCUUUUCGUUCUUUGCCAACCCCCGCAGCAUGAGCCUGUCGGCCGCAGAAGCGGCCGUGUAUGGCCAGGCGCGCGGCCUGUUCGACUGGAACGCGCGCAACCCCUUCUGCGCCGGCUGCGGCCAGCCGACGCUGUCCGUCAAUGCCGGCACCAAGCGCACCUGCCCGCCGACCGACUUGGCGGGCGUCGAGCCCGGCGGCGCGCCCAAGGACCGCCGUCCCUGCGAGACACGCAAGGGCGUCUCCAACCUGAGCUUCCCCCGCACGGACCCCACCGUCAUCAUGGCCACCGUCAGCGCCGACGGCACGCGCAUCCUGCUGGGCCGCAGCAAGCGCUUCCCCAAGUACUGGUACAGCACGCUCGCCGGCUUCCUGGAGCCCGGCGAGUCGGUCGAGGAGGCCGUGCGCCGCGAGGUCUGGGAGGAGAGCGGCGUCACGGUCGGCCGCGUGGUGAUCCACAGCUCGCAGCCGUGGCCGUUCCCGGCGAACCUGAUGAUCGGCGCCGUCGGCCAGGCGCUGCCCGGCGAGGGCGAGAAGAUCUUCUUGGGCCACGACCCGGAGCUCGAGGACGCCAAGUGGUUCACGAUGGACGAGGUGCGCCGGGCGCUACAGUACGAUACGGCCAGCCUCGACGACCCGAUCCGCACGGGCUACAAGGAGGGCGACCUGCGUCUGCCGCCCAAGACGGCCAUUGCCAAUCAGCUAAUCGCAUCGGUGGUCGCGGGUUUCCACGAGCAGCCCAAGAUUUGA